AUGAACGCCUACUACAACUAUUUCAGUGCUACAGCUUCCCUUGCCUCCAAGGCCAUUACCAAGUCUUUCACAGGCUUCGUUUACACUGCCGCCUAUGCCGCAGAAUUCAUCGAGGACUUCUCCCAAGUGAACUCGAUUGUCAGCAAUGCUGUGACCAAUACUCUUGAAGUCCCCGGUACUUUCCACGAGUACGACUUCCCCGAAACCAUUUCCCCAUCUUCCCCAGAACCCAUUCUUGUGAUGCCCGGUUCGUAUCCCCCUGAGAAAGAGGAGUCGAUUACCAAUCGUCGCAGAAGCCUCAAGGCCACCAGCGACUGGCAAACCAUUGAGCUUAAGAGCCCAAAGAGAGCUUCCCCCUCUCCGCUGCCGGUUCCACUUCCUGCUCCAACACUCAAGCCGAAGUUUCAGCUGUUUAGAAAACGCAUGAAGCAUAACAAUGGCGGGUUCAGAGAGCCUUCUCAAGACAUGAAUAAGGUCUUGACCCUGGGAAACAUGUUCCUUGUUCUCCAGGAGUGCUGA